AUGAAGCUCUUCGCUGAGACCAUCAUCCUUACUUUUGCACUUUUGUCCGACUGCUACUUCCGAUCCGCUGCAAUCCCCAUGAUUCCCAAAGCUGACAAGAUGGAGACAGACCAGCAAGGCUUGAGCGAAACCUUGGAGGAGAACGCUCUGAGAUCCGCACCAGGAAGCUCCAGGAUCAUCGUGGUGGCUGACUCCGAUCUGCUGAGGACCCUAAAGUCUCUGGACAAAGGAGUUUCUCAUUUCAGCCUUCCAGAGAGCAUUCUUAGCACAGAGCGCAGAGAUGUCACCUCAGAGCUGAGCCCGAGCAUCGCCAUCAUGAGAAGGGACACCAUGAGAUGCAUGGUGGGACGAGUGUAUCGGCCAUGUUGGGAGGUGUAG